AUGUUCAGCAAGCGCUCUACUUCUGUGGAAAUUAAUAAGUAUCUAGACACAUAUCAACAAAAUGAAGUAUUACCAUCAAAGACCUACCGAUCGUUGAACUCUGCAUUUAUAAAGGCAACCAAGAAGAAGGAAGACGAAGUUACAAAGAAACUGGAGGAAGGGAACAAGGAAGACCAUUCUAGGCAUGAAGAAUACUUAUUGUCCUUUAUUGACGAGCCACUGAAGACUCAGAUCUAUUCUUAUAUAAAUCGUGGCUUAGAAAAGUGCCAUACAAUCGCUAUGCUGAAGAAGGUAAUGAAGGAGAAAUCCUAUUUCCAGUUUCUCGAGGCAAUCAAAAAGUGUGUGAAACGUAUCUAUGUACAACCAAACAUGUUGAUCUACGAUCCUUCCAACCCAACUGCUGCAGAUUCUCUCGUUCUGAUCUUCCUUCGACAUGGAGAGGGCUACUAUGUGGAGAAUGACGUCCGCAAUACCUUUGAGUCGUUAGAAUGCGUAGAUAUGUUGGGUGUCACGGAUCAUUGUUUUGUGAAUGAUAAAGAACUAUCUUGUGAUCGUGUGAAAAUUGUCAGUAACUCCGCCUGUUUAGUGGGAAUUGUCAACAUGCUUCAAAUCAUUAGUACCGUAAAAACGCUCAACACCUCCAAAGAAGAAAUCGACAAUGUCGUUUCGAUCCUCCUCGCUCGCAGCUUACGAAUCGAGCAGGAACGAGCGGAGCAGGAGCAUCAAAAGCAGCUGCAAGAGCAGGAAGCUUUGCGCCAUCAGCUUGCAGAAUGGAAGGACUAUCUUAUGGCAGGGAAUUUGGAGAAAGUGCGCCAAUACAUUAAUAAUGGAUUUGAUGUGAACGCUGAUAUCGGCAUUAAUCGCAAUAAGCCUCUCUUCUAUGGCGUGAUGUCCAAAUCGGAGGAGGUGGUGCGUUCUCUCUGUGCGAGCGGUGCGAACUUGCAGGAGCAGAACGAGGACGGAUUCACUGCGCUGCACUUCGCUACAAAGGUCAAUUGGAUUGAAGGAAUUGGGCUUCUGCUGAAGCUCGGAGCGACGAUGAUGCCGGAUAACGCUGGGAACUAUCCCACACACAUCGCCGCGCAGGAUGGAAACAACGAAGCGCUGCUAUAUUACGCGAAACUGCAGAAGGAAGGAAAUACGCGAGUCGGUGAUCGAUUGCUGCCCCGAUUUGAAGUUGAAAAAACUCAUCGUGCCGAAGGGCAAUGA